AAAGAAAACCAGAUUUUGGGCAUAACAUUGCGUCAGCGAGAUGCAGAAGUGAAUAGACUGCGUGAAUUGACCUGGGCUCUUCAAGGGAGUAUGUCCAAACUACUGUCAGACCUCACUGGGGAUAUGGUGAAGCCCAGACAAGUCAGCAGUCUGUCGAAAGCUCUCUUGGAAAUUCACCAAAAACAGUUGGAGCCUAAUGCAUACCCUCUAAGUGAUUCCAUAAUAAACUAUCUAAAGAAAUUAGAAAUGGAUCCUGUUCUGACCAACAUGGAACCCCUCUUAAAUGAGGGUGGGAUGAAGGAGCCCAAGGAAGUAUUGGAUUUGAGGGCAGAUGAGCAUCCUGCCCAAGAGAGUCAGAUGGUAGCGGAGGAAACUGUGACUUCAAGAAAUCUUCCUGUCUUCCAAAAGCUUGAUGCAGAAGCAGCCAGCUGCUUAAGCACUUUAGGGAGUCAUGAGCUGGAUGAGACUAUUUACAUUCCACUGAGUAGCAGUCCAUCUCAAAAACCAGUCACAGCAUCUGAAACGAAAACAGUCAUACACCAGAACUCGAUUCCCCACAAACUGGAGUAUGACUCUAAGCAGCCAAGCAAGGCUGGGAUGCUGAGCAGCACUAAGACCGGUGAUAAAUUCUAUGGUAGCUUUGGUCGAAAAAUGACUGUUGAAAAUAAAUCUGAAACUCUGGGGAAGAUAGAGAAACUGGAAAGCGAGAGACUCCAAAUGCAGUCAAAAGAAAGAACUAAUGGGUCUGCUAAUGUGAUUUUGAACAAUCCAGACAGACUUCAGCCUGAUAAACACUGUUAUGCUCAAAAAGGAAAUGGGCAAAAGAACCCUGGAAUUUCUGCUGCUGACUCCAGUUUUUCAACUCUUGACUGUAUGUCAGGAAAAUCUGAGUGGACUAUAUCUUCCUUUUCAACGUUCACAUCCAGAGACGAAGAAGACUUCAAAAAUGGAUUAGCAGCAUUGGAUGCCAACAUAGCAAGACUGCAAAAGACGUUGCAGAAUAGCUUGAAAAAACAAGGAGACUUUGAAAAUACUUCAAUAGUUCAGAACAAUUAGGGAAAAUGUACUUUUUAAAAAGCCUUGUGAUUUGUAACCUUUUUUUAAUUCCUUGUAUAAGUAAGUUAUCUUUCAAAACUUUGUCAGUGAAUAUCUUACUAAUAAAUUAACAGCUGUUAAUUAAAAGGCUGUUUUGUCACUGAAAACCUACUGAUAAAAUCAGGGUGAAUUUCAAAUGGAUCUGCAAAUUUUAAUAUUUAAAGAUAUACAAUUGCUUUGAAAUGUAUUAAAGGAAUAGAAUCGG